ACCAGUUAUAUGGACCAAUCGCCUAGAAAAAUUCCCCGAACUAUGUAAAAAUACGGACAAUCUUGCCUACCGUUUAAGGGUGAGAGUUUUAAAUUUAUUUAUUUCUAGUAACACUCUUAUGCAGACACCAAAAAUAUAAUAUUUAUAAGCUUAUACUUCCAUGUUAAGUAAAACGAAUUAUGAUCAAACAACUAGUAUUUCAAGUAGCUAGUAUUACUAAGCUCAAGAAUUUUACACCAAUCCUAUAGCAUAAAGAGAAUUUGACGCGAGGGAGGUUCGAGUCAUUUUAGUAUCCAAUAAUUAACCCCAAACUAGGUUAAUUUCGGAGUAAUCAUAUAAAUUUUAUCAUUUAACCAAUCUCUAUACCAAAAUAAUUGCAAAUUGAAAGUAAUGACUUCAUGUAGGAAGUACUAUGUUCGGAUCUAUUCGAGACUGCAAUGCUAUAUUAGCUGUACACAGCCAAAUUUAAAGAGGUCUCUUUCAAAUUUUACUUUAAAGAAAACUCAGCCACAACUUUCACAUGACCGGAAAAAAAUAAUGGACAAGAAAACACAUUUGUACAUUAUUAUGUAACUUGCACAACGAAGUCGGCAACAUUGUGAAUUUAUGGAGGAAAUUACAAGGUCCAAUUUUCCAUUUCAAGUUGGUAAACAUCCAAUGUAACUUCACUAUAAAUGCAGUGGUAUUGUUAACAAAUUUAUCCGUCAAUCCAACCAUUAAUCAAAGGAAAAGAAAAUCAAUUUUUGAGCAAUUGAACAACAGAUAUGGCAAGCGCAAGCUACAAAUCUGCAAUAUUUUUCAGCUUUGUUCUGCUUUUCAUUCUCUCCAUUAGCAUGGCAGAAAGUAGAGCUGUUUCAUCUGGAAUUGGGACGAAUUCUGCUUUGAUAUGCAGUAAGAUUUAUGGUGCAAAUAUUGGAGACACAUGCUUCAGUAUUAUGCAACAAUUUAGUAUGACCCCAGAGGCCUUUACUACUUUCAAUCCAAAUCUCAAUUGUGACAAAAUGUUCGUGGGUGAAUGGAUAUGCCUUGAUGGUUCCUCCAUCUAGAAUAUUAACCAAGGAAAUAUCAAGCUCCAGAAAUCAAGCACUUAAAUUUAUUUUUUUGUUGUUGCUGUUGAGAAAGAGAAGACUUCACUAACGUUAAGGAUAAUGUAAUGUAUGAAUAAAAAGCAAUAAUGC